AGCAAGAAAACCUUGGUUGGGCUCCAGAUUCACAAUUGGCGUAGGGCAGCAGCGUGCAGCAACCGGCCCACUAUUCCUCUGCCGGGGAAUCCUUCCCUUUUAUCCUGCCACUGAUUUAGGGCCUCCUAAGCUCGAUUGCCAGUCCUUGCUCUCAUGCCUGUGCACUCUAGACAGCGGUGGUUGCGGAAACUCACGCAUCGUCCUGUUACAUCACAGGUAGCAGACGCGCCACGGUCGACUUAGUAGUGGUAUAGUUUUCCGCCGAGACUCAGCGCCGGAUUAAGUGCCGCGUCCUCCGAGCAUUGUGCGGUGCUGGUUGAAUCUGGCCCGCCUUUCACAUCUCUUGGGGGGGUUGUCGCUGGCGGUGCGUGGCGCCACUGGGCACGCCGUGCCGCACCAUGGAAUGCGGGCGCGCCCAUGGCGCCCAUGCGCUCCACUGGACUGUCGCGGCCCCACAGCGCUGCCUCCUGCGCGUCCGCCCGCUCGCCCUCAUGCCGCUCGUGCUCCUCGCUCUCCACACCGCGCACUGCCUGCCACAUCCCCCCCCCUCCGUGUCACGCGCCCACCUGGCGGAGGGCGCAGAGGACGAGGGGCAGGGGCGGGCCCCGCAAUGGCUGGAUUCCUGGCUGGUGAAGUGGCUGGGGACUCUCGCGAAUGGUAGCUGGCAGAGCGUAGAGCGGCGCGACGGUGGCGCGGAGGAGUUGGGCAGUGCGGCCAGGCGGAGCGUUGGCGGAGCACGGCGGUGGUUGAAGCGGCGCGCAGUGAAGCCGAACCUGGUGGUGGCGCAGGACGGCACGGGCGAUGUCACCACGCUGCGAGAGGCGGCGGCGAUCAUCAACGGCGUGGCGGCGUCGCAGGGGUGGUUCGUGGUGCGCAUACGCGCGGGCGUGUACGCCGACAAAGUCGACAUCGCGCGCCCCAUGGUUGCGCUCAUUGGCGACGGACCCACACGCACUGUCAUUACCGGAUCGCGCAGUAACGCGGACGGGUUCGCCACAUGGGACACGGCCACGUUCUCGUCGUCGGGCGCGAGUUUCGCGGCGGCGGACAUCCGGUUCGAGAACACGGCGGGGCCGUACAAGGAGGCGGGCGUGGCGUUCCGCGCCACGGGCGACAUGGCCGUGCUCUACCGCUGCCACUUCGCUGCCUUCCAGGACACGCUAAACCCGCACAGCGGGCGGCAGUACUACCGCGAGUGCCGCGUGGAGGGCGCGCUGGACUUCAUCUUCGGGCGCGACGGCGCCGCCGUGUUCCACAGGAGCCGCAUCGACGUGCGCAAGUGGACGGGCGUGCAGGGCUUCCUGGGCCGCAGCAUCAUCACCGCCAACGGCCGCACCACGCGCAGCGGCGGCGGCGGCUUCGUGUUCGUGGACUGCGCCAUCAACGCGCGCGACCCCGGCGCCAAGGCCGUGCUGGGGCGGCCGUGGAAGGCGUACGCGCGCGUGGUGUUCGUCAACACGUACAUGAGCAAUGUGAUAGAGCCGGCAGGGUGGGCGUCGUGGCCGGGCAAGAACUUCCGCGCCAAGCCCUUCCUGGCGGAGGCGGGCAGCUACGGCCCAGGCGCGCGCAGGGCGUACGCGGACUGGGUGCACCCGGGCAGGCUGGGCGCGCGCCACGUGGCGCCGUUCAUGCCCGACCCGUUCAUCCAGGCCGCCUCGUGGGUGCAGCGCACGCCGCUGAGCAUACCGUAUCCCUGACCCGCCACUGCUGAUGGCCUCGGGCCAGCCCUCACUCUGUGAGGUGGGUGGGAGGAGAGGGCAGGCGCAUGGUGCUGCUACUCUGCUGCUCGGCUUCUUCUGCUUCAAGGUGGAAGGGAGCAUGUGGGGUCAUACGGCACUGCCUUCCUGCCUCCCUAAGCACGCCUUGGUGCAUGCAGACACGUAUACGUAUACCGGAUGCUUCUUGAGCAAGAUGUCUAGUAAAAUAGGCUAGCGGACUAUAGGUAGCUCAUAGGUAGAUCCCUUAGUGCUGGCGCGGACUAGCUACCUUCUGGGUUGAGGUUCCCAAGGUUUUGAUGAGGAGCAAUACCACAUGCUCUUCUAUACAUGCUUGUUAUCUAUUGUGCUGCCUCCAGCUUCUGACGUGCUGAUUGGUUAGAUC